AUGGUCGAACGCAAGCACGAGAACGCCGCUUCUUCAGAGGCCUCGGGAGAUCAAAACAAGCGGGUGAGGCGCUUGAAUACUCCCUUGUUAUUGAGGGACUCCUCAACGCCUCAGCCUUCUCCACGCCAAUCUCCAGGCUCCCCCACUCCUCCCCGCCCAACACCACGCUCGCCAACACCACGCUCGCCAACACCACGCUCGCCAACACCACGCUCGCCAACACCACGCUCGCCAACACCACACUCCCCCACUCCUCCCCGCCCAACACCACGCUCGCCAACACCACACUCCCCCACUCCUCCCCCCCCAACACAACUGUUGCCAUCGAAUGUCUGGCAUCAAACCAUUAUGAAAACGACUGCGAUCACAAUUAACUUGCAAGGCAUCAGAUCUCCAGACGAGGUGCACCUGAGGUCGCAAGGGAGUAGUCUCCUCCUUGAUGCGAGCAACGCAGACAUCAACUACAGGUGGAGGGCGAAUUUUCGCGGCCCAAUUAGCCCCGACUUCGUAUUUGUGGGGCUGGUUGGGGAGGAGCUACGAAUCAUGGCGACGGCAAUGAUGUAUAGAGACGACGAAUACGAACCACAUGAAUACCCCGUAGCUGCUCAAUCGCCAUGGUAG